AUGAUUCAUUAUCUCACUGCGGCUUGGGCUCGUUUCAGGCGACUCGACGACGAUGGCCUCGACAUUCCGGUGCCUUCGGCUACCUCGUAUGGCUAUGAUAUCCAGUCUCGUGUACUUGGGAUUCCCGACAAAUACGGCUUCUUCUCGCAGGGCUCGCCACGCGCUCAAGAGUUUGAGGGAACACUUUUUACUGCAUUGAUCAUGACGCGGAUCUUCACGAUCUUAGAGGAGGCAUGGAUCAUCUACACUGUUGAUUACCCUCAAGGCAAGCCUCUGCUGCCUAGAAUAUCAUUGAAUGGGCUGGGUCACGUUAUGUCGAUUAUAUGCACAUGGGUUACCGCAAUCUGUGUCCGCGCACUCCGUCGAAAGAGAGAACAAACUGGAACUGUUAGCAAAAGUCUUCCAGUACCUGUGUCCAAUCCACCCAGGGAGCAAGGCUGCAGUAAGCAAGAGGUCUAA